AUGUCACAAGAGCCGGUCACAGCCUCAGGGGCACUUGGGGGCGGGCUCGCGUCGGGCUCGGACGCCGAGAAAAACGCGAGAGUCGACGCCUCAGGCAGAAACGCAACUCCCAUUAAGCUGCGCAGCUGUGUAGUAUGUCGAAGCCGCAAAGUCCGCUGCGACAAGCGAGCACCUUGUUCCAAUUGCCGUCGUGCAAAUAUCGCGUGUGUUCUUCCACCUACAGACCGACCGCCAAGAUGGGCCCGCCAUCUCGACCGACUCAACAAUGCGGUAUCGAAUCUACAGGCCUCGCAGGAACCCGAACCAGUAGCAGAAGACGUGAUGGACAGACUUCACAACCUUGAAAGCCUUGUUCAGGAGUUACGCAUUCAGCUGGAACAGGCUAAAUCAGCAGCUAACUCUACUGGUGAAGGGUCAUCCGGGUUCGGGAGACUGGUGCUUCAUGAUUCCAACAGAAGCCGCUAUGUUAGCAGUGGUUUCUGGUCUCGGGUCAAUGAUGAGCUUGAUGGCCUCAAGGCAGAUGUUAGUGGUGUACCACUUGGAGAGUCUGAUACCUCAGACGAUGAGGCAUCGCCAGAGAUGACUCCUUCCACACAAGAACUUGAACGGACCCCCGCAGAGCGUCACGGAUUCCUAUUUGGGCACAAUAUGAGUCCCUUUUCUCCUAACCUAGCCGACCUCCAUCCACUCCCCUCUCAGAUUCCCUUUAUUCUAGAUGUCUUCUCUGAAAACGUGAACAUCAUCUUUCAAAUCGUUCAUCUCCCCACUGUCAAGAGCAUGGUUCGUGAUUGGCGUGGCCGUGAAAAGAAGGAACUCUCACCGGCUAAUGAAGCUCUGAUGUUUUCUAUUUACUACUCUGCCAUCACUUCCAUGGAAGAAGAAGAUAUUCUACUGAAUUUCGGAGCAACCAAAGCCGAGCUCAAUCUCAAAUAUCGUCAAGGCCUCGAGCAUGCUCUUGCAAGAGCUGAUUUUCUGAAUGUACCAGACUUUACUCUGGUACAGGCAUUUGCCAUCUUCCUUUGUCUUGUUCGCCGACAUGAUAGUCCGAGGUUUGUGUGGAUGAUGACAGGACUGUUAAUCCGAAUGGGUCAAGCUCUGGGGCUACAUCGUGAUGGAACACAUUUCGAUUAUCUCAGCCCAUAUGAGAUUGAGAUGCGGCGAAGAGUCUGGUGGGCCCUGUGCAUGUUGGACGCGAGAGCGUCCGAGGACCAGGGAACCGAGUAUACGAUAACAAGAGCGAGCUUCGAUACUAAAAUACCUCUGAACCUCGAUGACACAGACCUCGAUCCUGAAUCAAAGGAAACGCCUCAAGCUCGCGUUGGUCUGACUGAUAUGUCCGUUGCGCGCGUCUCCAUUUGCAUGUGUGAGAUUACGCGGAGAAUGCUGGCUCAUGACUUCAGAGACGGAGCACCGAGUGUAGAAGAGCAAAGUCGCGCGUUGCAACAGAUAUACCAAGGUUUCCAACGAGACUUCCUUCAAUACUCAAGUGAAUCAGGGAACAUUACACACUGGGUGAUAGUCAGGGUCGUUCGACUGGUUAUAGCCAAGAUGACUUUGCUGAUGUACCUGCCUCUGUUGUUUUCCUCCCCGAGCGAAGACUUCUCGGAGGAGCUGAGGACAAAACUACUGGUUUCCAGUAUCGAGGUCGCUGAGUACAACCAUGCCCUGAACGAUGAGCAAGCAUGCAGGCACUGGCGCUGGGUCUUCCAGACCUAUACCCAUUGGUACUCAAUUGUCUACAUGAUGCUAGAGAUCUCCCGACGCCCGUGGUCGCCUCUUUCUGAACGGGCCUGGGUAGCCCUUCAUAGCCCCUCGUUGAUACCGAACCAAUCACACAUGCAAAGGAAUCUACGAAUAUGGAUUCCACUCCGAAAGCUUAUGACCAAGGCCAGGGAUUAUCGUGUUACGGAAUUUAGACGGCUGAGAAACGAUUUUCAAGCUGUCCAACAGCUGGAGCAGAGCUAUCGCAUUGCCCCAGUCCCAUCGAGCACCGGGCCAUUCCCAUCUGGUUCAAAUUCCGCGGAUCUCUUCCUUUAUCAAUGGCGCCAGCUGGUAGCACACCCAGAUAAAACCAAACCUGAUGCACUCACACCUGGGUCUGCUGUCACCAAUGCGUCGAAUCCACCGUUGCAAAUUGAAAAUACAACGCAAUCAAGUGUGCAUCUUGCUCCCGAUUCAUCAUCCCAUACACCAUUUUACUCAGAUUUCACCGCUGGGCAAGGGUAUAUCCCUGCAGAGGAACGGCAGUCCGGGUACGAUAUGCCAAGCAUUGAAUCUAUGAACUUCAACCCAGCCAUGGUGCCUAAUUCAGGAAUCGGGUUUGAUACCGAAAAUCUUGCCACAUCUUCACACUUCUCAAUGGGACCGGGAGCUCAAUUCGAUGGUCAGCUUACAAUCCCAGGCGUUGUGCCUUGGCUGUGGUCUGAUCAGGGCAUGUCAACUGAUUUCACCUCUGAAGACCAAGCCGAUAGCAACAUGGGUAUGGAUGAGGAAGUGAAUUGGUACAAUUGGGCCGCGUCUGCAAAGGAUAUCGAGUGUGAAGGGGGGACCUAUAACAGUGGACUGCGCUAG